GCUCAGUCUCCGCCUACAGCCUCUCAGAUUUGUUUGGUAAUAGCCUCUUGUAUAAUCGCUGCUUAACUGAAAAUCGAUUUUUGUGUGAAGAAAACAAACACGGCUGUUAUUUAAGUGAGCGCAGACUGGACAUCGGUCCUUUCAGUCGGUGACAACACACGGGGCCAACAUGGUGGUCAUAUUGCGCUGUUGCCCGCUAAUCCAGUGGCUGUCCCUGGCCGUUUUGCUGGGCUCGAUUUUCGGACUCGGUGAGGACCUCGACCGGCCUCUCUUCGGGCCCCCCGGCUCUUCUAUCCGGGUCCACGAGUCCGACCCGGGUCUUAAGAAGGCUCUGGCCUUUGCAGAGGAGCAAUACAACCGGGUCUCCAAUGCGAUGCAUCUCCGCAGAGUCAGCCGGGUCAUCUCUGCCAACAAACAGCUGGUUAAAGGGAUCCGUUACACUUUAACAGUGGAGCUGAGUAACACUCAAUGUACAGAAGUCUGCGUCUUCGAGGUGUGGGACAUCCCUUGGCAGGGGGCGUCAACCUUGCUCAAACAGAAGUGCCAGCCCAAAGUUGAAUUUGAAGUAGAAGAGAGCAACAAGGUAGAGGAUCCAUCCACCAGCCAGCCUCUGGAGGAGUCGGUGGAGCUGCUGGGCCGGUUUAAAGAGUUUAUGAAUAAGUACAAUAAAGUCUACAGCAGUCAGGAGGAAGUGGACCGCCGUUUGCGCAUCUUCCACAAGAACCUGAAGACUGCUGAGAAGCUCCAGGCUUUGGAUCAAGGUUCAGCUGAGUAUGGAGUCACCAAGUUCAGCGACCUCACCGAGGAGGAGUUUCACUCUACAUACUUAAACCCACUGCUGAGUCAAUGGACUCUCCAUCAACCAAUGAAACCAGCUACUCCCGCCAAAGGCCCCUCGCCUGACAGCUGGGAUUGGAGGGAUCAUGGAGCUGUCAGUCCUGUUAAGAACCAGGGAAUGUGUGGAUCUUGCUGGGCAUUUUCUGUCAUAGGCAACAUUGAAGGCCAGUGGUUCCUGAAAAAUGGAACGUUGCUGUCACUUUCCGAACAAGAGCUGGUUGACUGUGACGGGCUGGACCAGGCGUGCAGAGGCGGGCUUCCAUCAAAUGCUUAUGAAGCUAUUGAGAAGCUGGGGGGUCUGGAGACUGAAAGUGACUACUCCUACACCGGGCACAAGCAGAGGUGUGACUUCACCACCGGGAAGGUGGCCGCCUACAUCAACAGCUCCGUGGAGCUGCCCAAAGAGGAGAAGGAGAUUGCUGCUUGGCUGGCUGAGAAUGGGCCAGUCUCUGUUGCUCUGAAUGCUUUUGCAAUGCAGUUUUACAGGAAGGGUAUAUCUCACCCUCUGAAGAUUUUCUGCAACCCCUGGAUGAUCGACCACGCUGUGCUGUUGGUGGGAUACGGAGAACGUAAAGGUAUUCCCUUCUGGGCCAUCAAAAACAGCUGGGGGGAGGAUUAUGGAGAGCAGGGUUACUACUACCUCUACAGGGGCUCCAAUGCAUGUGGGAUCAACAAGAUGUGCUCAUCUGCUGUAGUCAACUGAACCCCUAACACCUUCUACAGACACACACGCACACACACACACAUCAUCAUCAUCAUCAUCAUGCUACAUGCACCACAGCUGUCAUCUGACCCCAGCUCCACAUCACUUAUCCAGAAUGCACAAGAGCUCAACACGCACACAUGUGAAGUCCUGCUGAUGUUUCUUCUCCGUUAGACCAAACCAGUGUUUUACCAGCUCUAAUAAAGCUAGCUUUGAUGUGAUACUGAAACUUUCCAGUAAUUUUAAAUCAAGAUUACAUCUGCUUUUUCUGUUAGUCCUGAAGCUUGGUUAAAAUGAUUAAUGUGUUUAAGGCAACAGCUUGUAAGUCAUCUUUACUUACAGUAACAGAGCCCAUGCUCAUAGUGGUGAGCUGAUGGUAUGUGCUUCAAAGAGUUUUUGAAAAACAAGGCUUUGAUUCUGAAGUGGUUUACUGCACAAACUCAGUUUAGUGCAAUGUAAUUGCAAUAAUAGCUGUAUAACAGUGAGAAAUGAAUGAUGGGAGUUGAAUUAAAAAAAAGUGUGAAAUCCA